AUCCCAAAAGCCCAAAAAUAUAAAAAACACAUUUUUUUCUCUCUCCUCUUUCCUCUCUCACACUUCCCACUGUCCCUUUCUGCAUUCAACACUAUGUUUAUUUCACUCACCUUUCUUUCUCAUUUUUUUCAUUGCAUGAUCACUCUAUUCUCCAAUUUUCAGCUUCUAUGAUUCACAGUUGAAACUGUUUCGUUCACAAAAACUAUUUUUGUUUGUGAAAUGGAUGUAGGUGGUGAUGAAGAAGAGUUCAGGAGGUGUAGUAUACAAGGUGGGUCUGGAUGGCGGUGUAAAGAGAGAGCUUUACCUGGAAACCCUCAAUGUGAAAAGCAUCAUUUGUAUGCACUUAAUAGAAAGAAAAAUAGUAAGAAAAGUAGUUCUGGGAGGAAAAGAAAAGCUGAAGAAAGUUCAGAAAAUGGGGUUGUUGAGGAUGAUGGUGGAGGUAAAGGGUUGUUUGAUGGUGGUGAUGAUGGUGGUGGUGGGGUUUUUGUAGAAGGUGAAGUGAAUGGUGGUGUUAAUCUUGGUGUUGAUUCUGGGAGUUUUAAUCUCUGGCAACAAGGAGAAGGUCAACAGCUUGAGGUUUUUGGAGAGGGGAAUGGGAAUUUAGGUAAGUUUCUUGGGGAUGGAGUUGAGUUUUUAGGUGGGUUUGUUGAGGAUAGGAAUGGUGUUGGUUUAGGUCAGCCAUGGAGUAGUGUAGGUGUGUUUGGGAAUGCUGGUGGGGUUUCUGGUGUUGUGAAAGAAGAUCAUGGAAACCGCGUUGAUGGUGUUUGUCAAAAUGACUCACUUGGUUUUCAUUCUCAAGGAAUUGAUGGGUUGAUUGGCGAAGAAGAUGGAGCUGGGUUUGGGAAUUUGUAUGAUAGGAGUUUUCAAGCACUUCUUAGUCAAGGGAAGGUUUGUGAGGAAGAUGUGAAUUUAAUUGAUGGUGCAACAGGUUUUCAAGGGUUGGAUGGGGAAAGUGCUUAUGAUUUUAGAGGUGAGGUUGGUGAGGGUGUGGGAAAUCUAAGUCAGCAAGAUGGUAAAUUCGGAGGUGAAAAAAAUGUUGAUAAUGUAUUAGAGGCUCCUAACUCUAAUUCAAGUGACAAGAUGAAAGCCAUUGGUGUUGAAGAGGGAAUGGAACUGUUACCAAGUGGAGGAGUUUCUACUAAUGAAGAGGCAAAAGGUGAAGUUUUGAAGCCAUUGACUAGGAGAGGAGGAAGACCUAAGGGUUCUAAGAAUAAGAAGAAGAAAAGGGUUAGCUUAGCCGUGGACGGAGAAGCGGCUUGUGGAAGUGAUAAUGCAGGAACAAUUGGGAUGGAUACGGUUGAAGUUUUAGAGAAUGAAAAAUCAGUGUUUUGUGGUAAGUCUGAUGGAGAAGGUGUGGAAAUGGGUGAGAUUGCAAGGACAAGGGAGUGUAGUCAACCGGAAGAUCAGAAGUGUACAGGGGAGAUUGAUUUGGCGGCUGGUUAUGAAGUUGCUGGGGUUGGUGAGAUUUCAAGACCGCUAAACAAAGAGAAGAAUGUCGAGGAAGUUAGUAGUGAAGUUGCAGUUGAGAUAGCAAGGCCUAAGAAGCGUGGCCGGCCAAAGAGUUCAGCCAAUAAGAAGGUAACCUGUAGUGCUUCUAGCAAAGAAGGAGCUGGUGACAUUACAACACAAGGUUCAGAAGAAAAAAUGCUGAUCGUUCCGUAUCAGGAAGAUGCAGAUGAGUUUGCAAGCCUAACUAAGAAACUUGGUCCAGCAUUGUCUACAAGGAAUAAAUUGAAAGGUAUUGAAUUUGAGGGUUAUAAGAAUCCAGAAAUGUCUAGUAAUGUUCGUCUUGAAGGUAAUGAUGGAACUGCAAGUGGUUUGGAGAUUACUACACCGGCUCCUUUAAGUGAGACGGAAAAAGAGAUGCCUUUUGAAUCUGCCAAACAUAUUGAAAACUUAACUACGCCGCCAAUAGUUAAGCGUGGUCGACCUAAGGGCUCAAAGAACAAGAAGAAAAGGCUAGCCGAUCAGGAGCACAUAGGCCAUGGAGGUGACAUCAUUAAGCUAAUUGGUAUGGAAAAUGACGAAGCCACUGCUGUUAGUGUCGGGGGUCAGGAAUUGGUGGUUCAAACCCUUGGUCAAGAUGAGGUUCAGAGUGUUAAACCAAAGAUAGGUCGACCAAAGGGAGCUAAAAAUAAGAAGAAAAAUAUUGAUGGUGAAGCUGAAAACGAGUUACAUAAGGAGAAAAAAAAGCGUGGUAGGCCUAAGGGUUCUGGCAAAAAGCAAAAGGAGACUGGAAAUGAAAAGAUAGCAAAGGGAUUGGUGAGUGAAUCUGGCGAUGUCCAUAAGAUUGAAAGGCGUGGUAGACCAAAGGGUUCAGGCAAAAAGAAAAUGGAUAACAGUUCUCGAUUGGAUGCAGAGAUUGAAUGUGAGAAGAAUACAUGUGUUAAUGGAAUUUUGAGUACGACUAUGCCACAUAAACAUAUACAUGAGGAAUCCAUUUUACUGCUAGAAGAUCAAGUAAAUAAGAAAGACGAGACAGAUUUUGUUCUUGAGUGCUCAAAGGAAUCUGGAAUUGAAAAGGUAGCAAAGGGAUUGGUGAGUGAAUCCGACAAUGUCCAUAAGACUCAGGAUGUCGAAGUGGGAGAUAUUUUUUAUGAAAAGGAGGUGAAAGAAACUAUAGAUCAUGGAUUGGAACCUUCAGACAUGAUGAGUGACUGUGAGACCAAAAAGGAGCCAAGGAAUUCAAGGUGCCAUCAAUGCUGGAAGAAGAGUAGAACUGGUCUUGUUGUUUGUUCCAAGUGCAAAAGAAAGAAAUAUUGCUAUGAGUGCAUUGCAAAAUGGUACCAAGAUAAAACUAGAGAGGAGAUAGAGACUGCUUGUCCCUUUUGUCUGGAUUAUUGCAAUUGCCGAAUGUGCUUGAAGAAAGCUAUAUCUACGAUGAAUGGGAAUGAUGAAGCAGAUAGAGAUGUCAAAUUACGGAAACUGUUUUACUUGCUCAAAAAAACUUUGCCAUUACUCCAAGAUAUCCAACAGGAGCAGAGAUAUGAAUUGGAAGUAGAAGCAAGCAUACACGGUUCCCAGUUGGUGGAAGAGGAGAAUAUUCAGAAGGCAGAAGUUGAUGAAGAUGAUCGAGUUUAUUGUGACAACUGCAAUACAUCCAUUGUCAAUUUCCACAGAAGUUGUUCCAAUCCUGAUUGCCAGUAUGAUCUCUGUCUUACUUGUUGCACUGAACUAAGACUUGGAGUUCAUUGUAAAGAUAUUCCUGCUAAUGGUAAUGACGAAAUGGUCGAUGCACCACCAGAAUCUAUUGCUUGGAGAGCAGAGACAAAUGGUAGUAUUACCUGCCCUCCGAAAGCUAGAGGAGGUUGCGGUAUUGCUAUCCUCUCAUUGAGGCGCCUAUUCGAAGCUAAUUGGAUUAACAAGUUGACUAGAGGUGUGGAGGAACUUACCGUCAAAUAUCAGCCACCUAUUGUUGAUCUUUCUUUAGGAUGUUCAGAAUGCCGUAGUUUUGUGGAAGACGUAGCUCAAAAUUCUGCAAGGAAGGCAGCUUCAAGAGAAACCGGUUAUGACAACUUUCUGUACUGUCCGGAUGCUGUUGAAACCGGAGAAACAACAUUUGAGCAUUUCCAAAGACACUGGAUAAGGGGUGAACCUGUUAUUGUUAGGAAUGCAUAUAAAAAAGCUAGUGGUCUUAGCUGGGACCCAAUGGUGAUGUGGAGAGCUUUUAUGGGGGCAAGAAAAGUAUUAAAAGAGGAUGCCAUUAAUUUUAAAGCCAUUGAUUGCUUGGAUUGGUGUGAGGUAGAAAUUAACGCCUUUCAGUUCUUCAAAGGAUACUUGGAAGGUCGUAGAUAUAGAAAUGGAUGGCCAGCUAUGCUGAAGCUAAAGGAUUGGCCUCCAUCAAAUUUUUUUGAAGAGUGUUUGCCAAGGCAUGGUGCUGAGUUUAUAGCGAUGCUUCCUUUUAGUGAUUAUACACAUCCCAAAUCCGGUAUUUUAAACCUGGCCACAAAGCUCCCUGCUGUUUUGAAGCCUGAUUUGGGUCCUAAAACAUACAUUGCUUAUGGAACUUCAGAGGAGUUGUGUAGAGGUGAUUCUGUGACAAAAUUACACUGUGACAUUUCAGAUGCGGUCAAUAUUCUGACACACAGUGCUGAAGUAAAGCCACCACCAUGGCAAUCCAGAAUCAUUAAAAAAUUACGAAAGAAAUAUGAAGAUGAAGAUAUGCGUGAGCUCUACAGCCAGGACAAAAAGGAAGUUAGUUUACCUAGAAAAAGAGGCAGAAAGCGUCGUGUAGGUUUUAACGUGGAUCCUAAAACUUCUGAAAAAGAAGACCCUAGUGGUAGAGACUCACCCUUGCAAGGAAGUCAAGGAAAAGAAGAGAAACUUGAUGAACAAGAAUCCUCAGAACCCACCAAAAUUAAAUUCGAUUUAAAUGCCAGCGAGCAGGAAAUCUCCGACUCACCAAAUUUUCAGCAAUUUGACCUCAAUAGUCAUGACUCCAGUUUCUUGGUUCCUGGAAACAAUUGUGAGUCGAUGCAUUAUGAUAAUGUGCAGCAAAGGUGCUCAUCGCUAGGUGAUGGAUCUUAUAAAGGAAUUUCAUCAGUGAUUGAUGAUCAACCUUGUAGUGGAACACAAGAAACAAAAAUUGUCAACAAAUUAGAUUCUUCAGAAGACUUCUGUUCGGAUAUCGAGACUAACAAUGUAGAUUCAGUCGAAAAGGAUAUUUUGAGUAAUAAUUUAUGUCAAAAUGAUUUUCAUUUGGGGACUCAAAAUGGGAGUGCUGUAUGGGACAUAUUCCGCAGGCAUGAUGUUCCCAAGCUAACAGAAUAUCUAAAGAAACACCAUAGAGAGUUUCGCCACAUGGUUAAUCUUCCGGUGAAUUCUGUGAUUCAUCCCAUUCAUGACCAGAUCCUUUAUUUAAAUGAGAAGCAUAAAAAGCAACUAAAACUAGAAUAUGGUGUUGAACCGUGGACGUUUGAACAACAUCUUGGAGAGGCUGUUUUCAUACCUGCUGGAUGCCCACAUCAAGUGAGAAAUAGAAAGUCUUGCAUAAAAGUGGCUAUGGACUUCGUUUCGCCCGAGAAUGUUCGAGAAUGUGUUCAAUUAACAGAGGAAUUUCGUUUACUUCCGAAAAACCAUAGAUCUAAGGAAGAUAAAUUGGAGAUAAAGAAGAUGGCACUUUAUGCUGCUCAUGUUGCUGUUGCUGAAGCCAAUAAACUCAUGGGAGCUAAAUGAAUGAAGCCAAAGCCUGCCAGUAACAACUUUUUGGAAAAAUAACUCGAGAAGCAAUUUUGCUGCUGCCUGUUAGUUUUGUUGUAUCGUGCUUGUAACCAUUUUCAAAGAGACUGUAAAUUUGCCUGUAUCAUGUUGUUCCGUAUCAUACAAGUCAUUGGAAAUUCCAUCAAAGUUCAAGUUGAAUAUUGGUUGCUGCUGCACCGUUACUAGACACUGACAACAUGUGUACAAUAAAGCCAAAUACUCUGAAUAUUUGAAGAAUGGUGUGUAUCAACAUUGGGGUGUUGUUGUUAGAAAAUGGUUCUAGCCAGGUUGAAUAUUUUUAGCUAGACAUUUACAUGAAUGAGUAACUUUCUUAUUCAAUUUUUUUUAAUGCUGUAACUUCUAGUGACUGAUCUCAAAUCAUGUAAAUCAUUUUAAGAAAUUAGGAUUUUUUGCAAUCACAAGGUCAACAUCGACCUCGCAUUUAAAUGAA